AUGGCCGAAGGCAGCGCCGUGUCCGACCCUCAGCACGCCGCGCGCCUGCUGCGAGCGCUCAGCUCUUUCCGCGAGGAGUCCCGCUUUUGCGACGCGCACCUUGUGCUCGACGGGGAGGAGAUACCGGUGCAGAAAAACAUCCUGGCGGCGGCUAGCCCGUACAUCAGGACAAAGUUAAACUAUAAUCCUCCAAAAGAUGAUGGAUCGACUUACAAGAUUGAACUUGAAGGGAUAUCAGUAAUGGUUAUGAGAGAGAUCCUGGAUUACAUCUUCAGUGGGCAGAUCAGGCUAAAUGAAGAUACAAUCCAAGAUGUCGUACAGGCGGCUGACCUGCUCCUGUUAACGGAUCUUAAAGCUCUGUGCUGUGAGUUUUUAGAAGGCUGCAUUGCUGCUGAGAACUGUAUUGGUAUCCGGGACUUUGCUCUCCAUUACUGUCUGCACCAUGUCCACUACCUUGCUACGGAGUACCUGGAAACUCAUUUCCGGGAUGUCAGCAGCACAGAGGAAUUCCUAGAACUGAGUCCUCAAAAGCUUAAAGAAGUGGUUGCUCUUGAGAAGUUAAAUGUUGGCAAUGAAAGAUAUGUAUUUGAAGCAGUAAUUCGAUGGAUAGCACAUGACACAGAAAUAAGAAAGGUCCACAUGAAGGAUGUCAUGUCAGCACUGUGGGUUUCAGGGUUAGACUCCAGUUAUUUACGGGAACAGAUGCUGAAUGAACCAUUAGUACGAGAAAUUGUCAAAGAGUGUAGCAAUAUACCACUCAGCCAGCCACAGCAGGGAGAGGCAAUGCUAGCCAAUUUCAAACCACGUGGUUACUCUGAGUGUAUCGUGACUGUUGGUGGAGAAGAACGAGUUUCACGGAAACCAACAGCAGCAAUGCGAUGCAUGUGCCCUCUUUAUGACCCUAAUAGGCAGCUCUGGAUUGAACUGGCUCCUUUGAGCAUGCCAAGAAUUAACCAUGGAGUUCUCUCGGCAGAAGGAUUUUUGUUUGUAUUCGGGGGCCAAGAUGAAAAUAAGCAGACAUUGAGUUCAGGAGAAAAGUAUGAUCCGGAUUUAAAUACAUGGUCUGCAUUGCCACCAAUGAAUGAGGGAAGACACAACUUUGGGAUUGUGGAGAUAGAUGGGCUGCUGUACAUUUUGGGAGGAGAGGACGGUGAGAAGGAACUGAUUUCCAUGGAGUGUUACGAUAUUUAUUCGAAGACCUGGACAAAGCAACCUGAUUUGACUAUGGUUAGAAAGAUUGGCUGCUACGCAGCUAUGAAAAAGAAAAUCUACGCCAUGGGCGGAGGGUCGUAUGGAAAACUGUUUGAGUCUGUGGAAUGCUAUGAUCCGAGGACCCAGCAAUGGACAGCUAUCUGUCCACUAAAGGAGAGGAGAUUUGGAGCUGUGGCUUGUGGAGUUGCCAUGGAGCUCUACGUAUUUGGGGGCGUCCGGAGUCGUGAGGACAUCCAGGGUAGUGAGAUGGUGACCUGCAAGUCUGAAUUCUACCAUGACGAGUUUAAAAGGUGGAUCUAUCUUAAUGACCAGAAUUUGUGCAUUCCUGCCAGUUCCUCAUUUGUAUAUGGAGCUGUGCCCAUAGGAGCCAGUAUUUAUGUUAUCGGAGAUCUCGAUACAGGUACCAAUUAUGACUACGUGCGAGAAUUUAAAAGAAGCACGGGAACCUGGCACCACACGAAACCACUCCUGCCCUCUGACCUUCGUCGCACAGGUUGCGCAGCCUUACGUAUUGCAAAUUGCAAGCUUUUCCGCCUGCAGCUUCAGCAAGGCUUAUUCCGUAUUCGUGUUCAUUCACCUUGA